CCGCCUCGAUGGUGGUGCGCUGUCCAGCAUUUCAGCAAUCGGCAGCUGCGCCCGAGGGAAGACGGGGGCGCGGGGCCGUGGGGAGGCCACAGAGCAGCCUUUCGAAGCAAAAGAUCGGGGACAAACGGAACCUGGAAGCCCAGCUGCAGCACCCAGAAGACUGCAGAGGUCAGCGGGGAGGGCCCGCCGCGGAGGACAGCUGUCAUGUCCUCCACCGUGAACAACGGGGCUGCCGGCAUGCCAUCCCCGCCCGACGCCGCCAACGGCUUCCCGCAGCCCGGCGCCUCGUCCGGGACCUGGCCGCGCGCGGAGGAGGAGCUGCGCGCCGCCGAGCCCGGCUUGGUGAAGCGCGCACACCGGGAGAUCCUGGACCACGAACGCAAGCGGCGCGUGGAGCUCAAGUGCAUGGAGCUACAAGAGAUGAUGGAGGAGCAGGGGUACUCAGAGGAGGAGAUCCAGCAGAAGGUCGGGACCUUCCGGCAGAUGCUGAUGGAGAAGGAGGGAGUAGUGGCCAGGGAGGACCGGCCUGGGGCCCACAUCGUGGCAGAGACCCCGCGGAGAAUGGACGGCUUGGAGCCGGGCCUGGAGUACCCACCCUUCGAUGAGGAUGACGGCCCGGUGGAUUGCGACUGCCCGGUCGCCUGCUACCGCGGGCACCGGGGGUACAGGACCAAGCACUGGUCCAGCAGCUCCGCAUCGCCCCCUCCCAAGAAGAAGAAGAAAAAGAAAGGCAGUCAUCGGAGGAGCCGCAAAAAGAGGAGACUAGAGUCAGAGUGCAGCUGUGGGAGUGCCUCCCCCCUGCGCAAGAAGAAGAAGGGUGUGAAGAAGCACCGCAGAGAUAGGUCUGAGUCUGGGUCCCGGAGGAAGCGACGGUACAGAUCGCGAAGCCUCAAGAGCAAAAGAAAAGAAAAAAACAAAGAGCGUAAGAGGCCUCACACUGAAUCGCCGGGCAGAAGGUCUCACCACCGCAGCAGCUCCCACAGUCCCUCGAUGACCUCACACUACAGCGACUCCGGAUCACCCAGCAGGCUGAGCCCCAAACAUCGAGAUGACGGGCGGAAGACGGGCAGCCAGCGAUCCAGCGGGAGCCGGUCGCCGUCCGCAUCGGGCGGUAGCGGAUGGGGGUCGCCGCAGCAGAACGGAGGCAGCAGGCAACGCAGCGGAGCGCUCGGGGGCCGCCCCGGCUCAGCGCACAGCCCGCCCGAUAAGCCUAGCUCGCCCCGGGCCUGCGACAAGGUGGCCGCCGCGCCCACGCCGCCCGCUCGUGGGAAGGACAGUCAGAGCCCGCGCUCCGCGCCGUCGUCGCAGGGCCGCGGGGGCCGCGCGGCGGGAGGGGCGGCCAGGCGCCGGCGCCGGCGGAGGAGGAGGCGGCGAUCGCGAUCCUCGGCCAACGCGCCCCGCCGCAGGGGGCGCCGGCGAGCAAAACCCGCGCCGGCCCGGGGCUCGUCCCGCUCGCCCAGCGGGGCUCACUCCAGCAGCGAGUCGGGCGGCGGCGGAGCCCCGGGUCCAGGGCCGGAGCCGGGCUCCGAGCGAGGUCACAGCGGACACGGGAAACGGGCAAAGGAGCGACCCCCGCGCGCGCGACCCGCAAGCGCCUCGCCAUCCCCAGGCGCGCACGGCCGGCGCGGUGGCCCCGAGGGGAACAGCUCAUCGCGCAGCCCUGGGCCCCACCCGGGGUCCUGGAGCUCCAGCCGCUCGCCGUCCAAAUCCCGCUCACGCUCCCCAGACAAAAGGACCCGAAGUCCCAGCCUCUCCCCGUCGCCCAAGAAACCUCUAGGCCGGGACAAAGACAGCGAAGGCCGUGUGAGGCAUGCGGAGGCUGAGGCCGCCCGCACCCGACGUCGCUCCCGCAGCUACUCGCCCAUCCGAAAGCGGCGCCGCGACUCGCCCAGUUUCAUGGAGCCAAGGCGCAUCACCAGGAACCUCCUGCUGCGUGGCCUGUGGCCAGCCUGGGGGCCGCGUGGACCCGGCUCCACGGGCUGCCCAAGAGAUGCCCAUUGCCCGAAAGCGUCCCAUCCCCUACUACCGACCCAGCCCCUCCUCUUCCUCCAGCUGCUUGAGCAGCGACUACUCAAGCCGGAGCCACAGCAGGAGCCCAAGCCCGGGCCACAGCCACGGAAGCUACAGCAGCCACAGUCACGGGACUCGCAGCCGCUCGUGCAGCGCCUCCAGAAGCCGCAGUCCCAGCUACCACAGCAGGAGCAGCUCUGAGAGUGGGGGCUUCUGAGUUCAGACGGACACUUCCGGGGCUAGAGGGCCCUGGCGCAAGGAGAGGCUGGGGCUCUGGGACCUGAGAAGAGGGGUCUGUACCCCCCGUACUACUACAGAGGUCCCGGGUGGGGGGCAGCACGUGGGCAGGUGGACUAGGGAGGAGCUUCUUCCACAGCGAUCAGCGAUCCACCCACAAGGAGGAAUCAAGUUGUUUAGUCCCUAAAGUGUGCCCAUCCCCACGGCCCGCCCACCCACCGCGUCCAGGGAACAAAGAGCCUUUUCGAACACAAGGAUUAGAUCACCACGCCCCUCUCCUGCUUGAGGCCAGCUUACCAACCUGGGGCCCAUUGCCUGGGCAUGGCACAAGAGUCCUCUGCUGGCUGUCACCUCAUCUCAGCCCAGUGGACCCCUGCACAGCUUGGAAGGUACCAAGUCCGGGACCUUCCCCCUCCUCUUUGUCUCCCACAGAGUGGAUCUGCAGACAGCGGCUGUGCCAGAUCUAGGAGGGGAGGGAGACCACCUAACUCCUGGUGUGUUGGCAGGCAGGAUGAGGCGUUCACACCUGGCCCGUCUCUCUCUCUCUCUCUCCCUUGCCCUCAUAUCACGUGGUAGGCCCAGGCCACACCGUCCAGACCCUCAUCAGCACAAGAGGUGGUAAAUACAGCAUCUGUAUCUACCCUGAUGUCAAAGAUGGGGCUUCAGGGGCUCGGGAUGUAGCUCAGUUGGUAGAGUGCUUGCCUAGCGUGCAUGAAGUCCUGGGUUCCACCCCACACGAAGCAUAAAACCAAGCAUGCUGGUGCACGCCUGUCAUCCCAGCACUCUGGAGGUAGAGACAGGAGGGCAUAGUGAGUUUGAAUCCAGCCUGGGGUACCGGAGACCCUGUCUCGGAAGUGAGAGAGAGACUGGGGAUUCAGGUCAGAAGAUAAAAAAGAACACAGACGGAAAGCCGAGGAGUUCUGUUUAGCGUGGGCUCAAACAGCGCAGUCAUAGACAUUGCAGGUCAAGGGCUACUGGGAGAGAGGUACUGACUGCUCUCUGCGUCAUGGGUCAAAGAGUGACCCUUGAGCCAAUAAUAGCUCCUGGUCACACGUGUAGGACAGCAUGCAGUUCACUUCGGAGCCUGCCCAAGGGAGGCCUUGCUGCCAGGCUCUGGUGGGUCAGGGUUGGUCAUGGCUUUCAGAGCAGCAGUGGUAGGUUCCAGCGGAAGCCCUCAGCCUGGAGCCUGCCGGGGAAGCAGUGGUCCCCUCUAGCCCUCUUCUGUGGCACCCAGCCCUCCCCCGCUGGGGCCCUCAGGGAUCUCGAAGUCUUCCUUGGCCCAAUAGGGCAGAUGCCCUGGGCUCUGGUGGGGGGGGAGGAGUCUGGGGUCUGAUCCGGGUUCCCACCCUAUCUCAGUUUCCCCUUCCCUCUUUCUCCGCAGUGCGGGAAAAAAAAUUGGACUGUAAUAAAUACACUAGGUGCCCGGAUGA